AAGCCGAGCGAGCGCGCGGGCGGUGCUAGUGGCGGGAGGAGUAAAGAUGGCGGUGCUGUGGUCUCCGCCUUCUGCUCCCGGCUGAAGCGCUCUGAGGGAGGCGGCAGCGGCAACCCAAGCCGCACCAACAGUCUAGUGGUGGUAGUUUCGGCAGCACCUGCCCAGGCCGGAGCCAUGGCGGAGCUGGAGCACCUGGGCGGGAAGCGGGCAGAGUCGGCGCGAAUGCGGCGGGCUGAGCAGCUGCGGCGCUGGCGGGGCUCGCUGACAGAGCAGGAGCCGGCGGAGCGACGAAACACGGGGCGGCAGCCACAGACUAGGCGCGGGAACCCCAGGGUCCGCUUCGAAGACGGCGCUGUGUUUCUGGCUGCCUGCUCUAGCGGGGACACGGACGAAGUGAAAAAGCUUCUGACGAGAGGUGCGGACAUCAACACCGUCAACGUGGACGGCUUGACAGCCCUGCACCAGGCCUGUAUUGAUGAAAAUUUGGACAUGGUGAAGUUUCUGGUUGAGAACAGAGCCAAUGUAAACCAGCAAGACAAUGAGGGAUGGACACCCCUUCAUGCAGCAGCUUCCUGUGGCUAUCUCAACAUAGCAGAGUAUUUCAUUAACCAUGGAGCCAGUGUGGGUAUGGUGAAUAGUGAAGGUGAGGUCCCUUCUGACCUUGCAGAAGAGCCAGCCAUGAAGGAUCUUCUUCUGGAACAAGUAAAGAAGCAAGGAGUUGAUCUAGAGCAGUCAAGAAAGGAAGAAGAGCAACAGAUGUUACAGGAUGCCCGCCAGUGGCUCAACAGUGGGAAAAUAGAGGAUGUGAGGCAGGCCCGCUCAGGAGCCACAGCCCUCCAUGUGGCUGCUGCCAAGGGCUACUCUGAAGUGCUCAGACUUCUAAUUCAGGCUGGCUACGAACUCAACGUUCAGGAUCUUGAUGGCUGGACUCCCCUCCAUGCAGCAGCACACUGGGGAGUGAAGGAGGCUUGUUCCAUCUUGGCAGAAGCACUCUGUGACAUGGAUAUCCGGAACAAACUGGGUCAGACACCAUUUGAUGUGGCUGAUGAGGGUCUUGUGGAGCAUUUGGAGAUGCUCCAGAAGAAGCAGAAUGUGCUUCGAAGUGAAAAGGAGACACGAAAUAAACUCAUUGAGUCAGACCUGAACAGCAAGUUGCAGAGUGGACUCUUUAAGAACAAAGAGAAGAUGCUAUAUGAGGAAGAGACACCCAAGUCCCAAGAAAUGGAGGAAGAAAGUAAAGAAUCCAGCAGCUCUAGUUCAGAGGAAGAGGAAGGUGAAGAUGAAGCUUCUGAGUCAGAAACUGAGAAGGAGGCAGAUAAAAAACCAGAAGCCACUGUCAACCAUUCCAACUCUGAAAGCAAGAGUAGUGUCAUGGAGCAGAUACCAACACCAGCUCAGAAUACCUUCUCUGCCUCUUCUGCUAGGAGAUUCUCCUCCAGCCUUUUUAACAAGCAAGAAGAGGCCAAAGAUGAAUCUCCUUCUUCAUGGAGAUUGGGACUCAAAAAAACUGGCAGUCACAACAUGCUGAGUGAAGUGGCCAAUUCCAGAGAAGGCCUAAGGGAUCGAGGCUCUUCCAUCUACCGCUCUUCUUCAAGCCCUCGGAUCUCUGCUCUGCUGGACAACAAAGAUAAGGAAAGAGAAAACAAAAGCUACUUUAGUUCACUAGCAUCCCGGAGGCUCAGUAGCACAAAUGACAUUGAAGAAAAGGAGAACAGAGAGUCAGCUGUUAAUCUAGUGAGGAGUGGCUCCUAUACUCGGCAGCUGUGGAAGGAUGAAGCAAAGGGAAAUGAAACUCCACAGACAAUUACUCCUUCCACCUAUGUAUCAACCUACUUGAAAAGUGCUUCAUUUGGUAGAAGUAGUGACCCCACAAGUCCCUACAUUUCAGCCAAUCGCAAUUCAUCUCCUGCUACCUCACCCAUUACCAUUGGUUCAUCUACCUCUCAGGGCAGCCAGUGGCAACCUGCCUCUUCUUGCCCUGCACCAAUCAGUGCAAACACUACUGCAUCUGUACACCAUGGCAGGACUCCUUACAAAUCCCAGGCUGACUCUACAACAGAGAAGACAGCAGAGGGUGUCUCUUGUAGCACCCCGCUCUGUGUGAUCACCAAUCGUCCUCCACCUAGCWCUGCCAAUGGGGUCACAGCUGCCACUGUGCUCUCCUCUACUGGAACAGACUCCUCUGUGGAAGCAAGGGAGAAGAGGAGGUCCUAUCUGACUCCGGUACGGGAUGAGGAAGCAGAGUCUUUACGGAAAGCACGUUCCAGACAAGCUCGGCAAACACGAAGAUCUACUCAAGGUGUUACCCUAACAGACCUUCAAGAAGCAGAAAGGACUUUCAGCCGGUCCAGGGCAGAGAGACAGGCUAGUGAGAAACCUGCAGACACUGAAGGACUGGAGGGGAGCACUGAGAAGCAAGAGCCCUCAGCUGUCCCAGCAAAGGAAGCUGGGGAAGACCAGCAACCCUGGGACAGGAGUCUGGAUGAAGAGCCUGUCUAUCGUCGUCUGAGGUGUCCAGCUCAGCCAGACAAACCCACAAAACCAGUGUCUCCUUCUGUAUCAAGACCUUCACUCUACACCAGUUCUCAUCUGCUACAAACAAGUAGAUGUUCCAUCCCUGAUUCUGAGAGUUCAGAGAUCACUAUGAAUACUACAGCUGCAAAGGAAAUGGACAAAAAUGAAAGUGAAGAAGUGGAUUUGGAUGAUCAGUCCUCUAACAGGCUCUCCAUUCGAGAGAGGAGGCGGCCCAAGGAACGACGAAGAGGCACGGGCAUCAACUUCUGGACAAAAGAUGAGGAUGAAACUGAUGUCUCUGAAGAGGUCAAGGAAACACGGCAUGAAAGACUUUCUAGGUUGGAAUCAGGAGGUGGUAACCCUACAACCAGUGAUUCUUAUGGAGCCUCAGCAAGAGCCCGUCGGGAAGCCCGGGAGGCUCGUCUAGCCAGCCUGACCAGCCGUGUGGAAGAGGACAGCAACAGGGAUUAUAAAAAACUCUACGAGAGUGCCCUGACUGAAAACCAAAAACUGAAAACCAAACUUCAGGAGGCCCAGCUAGAGCUAGCAGAUAUAAAAUCCAAGCUUGAGAAGAUGGCCCAGCAGAAACAAGAAAAGACCUCUGACAGAUCAUCAAUGCUAGAAAUGGAGAAACGGGAGAGACGAGCCUUGGAGCGGAAAAUGUCAGAAAUGGAAGAAGAGAUGAAGAAUCUCCACCAGCUAAAACAGAUUCAAACCUUGAAGCAGAUGAACGAGCAACUGCAGGCUGAGAACAGGGCCCUGACCCGAGUGGUGGCCAGACUCUCGGAGUCCAUCGAGUCCUCGGACACCCAGGAGCUCUAGUUCUUGCCCUUCCUCUCCACCUCACUUCCCUCCUCCACUACUCCAGGUGUUAACAGAACUGAAAUCUGACAACCAGAGGCUGAAAGAUGAAAAUGGCGCCCUCAUCAGAGUGAUCAGCAAACUGUCCAAAUAGACAAGGCUCCAGGUGUGGGAAGGCAUCUGCUGCCCUGCCCCUCAUUUCCAGCCAUUGCCUUCCAGCCAAAAGAAGUGAAUGUUUUGGUGGAAGGAAGGACACUUCUCUCUGACCCUCUUCAGUCACAUCCUCUGCACUGUACAUUUUCUCUGCACUCUCAAUGCCCUGUUCCUCCCACACCCACACCCUCACCCCAAGUUUUAUGACAGUUUUAAUUGAAGCAUGAUUGUGAUCAUUGGAGCCAUCUGGAAAAGGCCCCACGGAGCACACCAAGCUCAGCUAUGGACCCAAGCUUCCUGCUGCUCUCCUACUUUGUCCACAUUGGAUUUGGUCCAAACACAUAAGACAUGCCUAGCCUUUAUGCUGACCCAGUAUCCUUUAAUAUAAGUGAGUCUUGUGGUACCACUCCAGGUUCCUGUCUGGGGUGCCAAGAGAAAUGGCAGGAUGUGGAAUUAAUCAUCAGCCUCUGGAGCUAUGUUUCUUUGGAGUCCAGGGGACAGUGACCGUACUGAAGCUCUCUGUUCUUCACCUCUCAGGAACUGACUUAUAUUUUUUCCUCAGCAACCCAGAGCCAUUCCUGACUAGUCUUAACCCCUCUUCCUCCCUCAUGCCUAACCUUUAUCCAAGGCACUGAUGGCCCUGGCCUCACUUAUUCCUCUACCUUCUAUCCUUUCGUUCUUUCUCUCCUACACCCUUGCCUCCAGAGCACUCGACCUUGGUUUUUUGUUUGUUUUGUUUUGUUUUGUUUUGACCAUUGUGGAAGAUCAUUACUCUGGAGACUAGAAAAUCAUGACUCUGGUGCUUUGGGGUGGCUUCAUGAGCCCUGUCUAUAAAAGUGAGACCAUGGCAGAAGUGUCAGCCUGCUAUUCACAUCUCCCACUUAUCUUUCCCCUGAAAAAUGGUUUUUCUUAUUAGAAAAUUGGGGCUCCUUAUUAGAAAAUAGCUCUUAUUAGAAAAUCUUAUUCCUUAUCAGAAAAGUAGAUACCCCAUUCUGCCUGAUCUCUCUUUGAUGAGGGAGUUUUCCUCUCUUCACCUGGUGCCUCUUGCAAAUGAGAUAUGAAGUCAUUGCAAGAAGACCUGUAAGGUGGGGAGGGCAGACUGUUGGGAGCUGGGCAGAGGAUGGAAGUUGAAAUACGUAUUUGGUGAAAGGAAAGUAUCUGAGGACACUGAAACAUGACGACAGAGAAGACAGUGUUCCACUGUGCUGUGAGAAUAGUGGUGGUUUGGAUUGUUUCUGGUGGUUAGAUUGAGGGAAGAGAUAUUUGCUUUCUUAGAAGUUAUCAGGAGACAUGGUUGCUUGAUGAGGUUUAAAGGGAAGAAGUCCUUUCAACGCAUGAUGAGGGUCAUGGAAUUUUAGAGUGGCAAGGCCCAGAGGUCAUUUGGUCUAGCUUUCCAUUUUUGUGUCACAGGGACCCCUGCUACCACAGCGUUGACCCAUAGUUAGAUAGCCUCUGGUGGCUGUGCAUUUACUACUUGAGGUUUGAGCAACUCUAAUAACCAGAGUUUCUCCUAAGACCAGCUGAAGUCUGCCUGUAGGCCUUGUCUACCCUUCAUAGCUCCUUGAAGUGACAGCACUUCAGAUCCGUGUGGAUGGUGGUCUCUUCUUCACCUGACGUCAAACCCACACUGCCCUAGUCUUUUCAGUCACUCCUUAUGUGACAUGCUUUUCAUACCUGUCAUCUUGUCCAUCCUGCUUUAGACAAAACAGCCUUUUAAGAUAUCUUGCCCAGACCUUCACAGAGUACUCCAUAACCCCAGCGCACAGUUCAAUCAUUAGUUCUCCAUGAGACAAUUAAGGCAUAUAGUAUUUGCUUUUUGGAGGAGUUGCAUCCCUUGGUUCACCUUGAGUGUGCAGGUCACUUAGAGCCUCAUUGUAGGGUUGCCAGUGAUACUCAGUGCUGAGAGCAGUCUGUGCUACCUCUGUCUGUCAUUGUCUUCUGAAAGUGUUAAUGGUGUUCUCGAUAGUCCUCUGAAAUGCCCAUGCUCUUUACUCAAAAUCUAUAAUUCAGGAACAGUUCCAGAAUAGUAGCCAUGCCUCCUCUGGCAGAACCUCACUUUUAGAGUAUAUAAGAUUCUCUCUUCUGUUCCUGCCUCUUUUUUUUUCUUUCUUUUUUUUCCAGGAGAAGCUGCUCCUAUCUUGGGACUUUAUGUUAUAAUGGGGGCAUUGUAAGCUCAAUUCUCAGGGAAUGCUGGAUUAGAGUGAGACGGGCCAUAUCUUCCACUGUAAGCAUAUUCUUCAUUCAGGGGGUGGGGGAGAAAUCAACAAGGAUUGGCUAAUUGAUUCUCCUGGUGCCUCUUGGAUAUGGAGGAAGUGGAGCUGAUUGCCUCUUAAGAAAACCAGAUUAUUAGGAAACAUUUGUUAUUCUUCUCAGUUCCUUAGACCGAGUAAAGGAAUUGCAGAAUUCCCUCAGAUCCCUUUGUGCCUUUUAAAGUGUUGGAGGCAGGUUCUCAAAACUCUUGAAUUGGUGUCUCUCCCCCGCUGCUCUACAGCAGCCUUUCAUGUCAAAGGUCUCUUCUUGCCAGGAGGUUUUCCUUGUGUCAAAAAGUUUACAAGCUUUUUAAUCUCAGGAAUACUGGAUUCUAUGGCCAAGAACUCAGAAAGUGUGAACCAUAGUUCACACUAAGGUACAAUUUCCUGAAUUCACUAUUUCAGGCAAUUGUUCUUAUGCCAUUGAUUUUAUUAGAUAACAUUCUGAAUCCUGGUCUCCUAUAGAGAAUAAAACGUCCUUUCAUCACAGCUGUAUUGACUGGAAGCCAUACGAGGUGCUGGGUGUAGGCCUUUUAGUAGCAAGUUACCUACUAUUGGUCUCCUCAGUCUCCACUGCCCUCGCAUCCCUGCCUGCUGGWUUGGGAACUCAUGAGCACCCCAGCAGCUCAAGCUAAGUGAGUAGCAGCAGGCUGGCCAGCAGCGAGAGGCUCAGCUCUGUCACUUCAGUCUUGACAGGAAGACUGUCAAGACUGUCUGGAAAAGAGAAUUUCUCAGUUCAACUUCACACCCUCUGUUCCCACUGACUUGAUAUUUUUCAAUAGCCAAGCCACACCUUUGGGAGUAAUGAUUGAGGAUUCCAGAGAUUCUCUGGCUAAAGUUUGCCUAUUUGUCUUUCAGAGGCUGCUGAUCCUUUUCAGAUAGCCCAGUCCUUUUCAGAAGCCCCAGGUGUGAUGACUCCAGCCCCAUCCUAAUCUCUAGCAUAAGGCUGUGCAUAUCUCAGGGUACAGCUACUAACGAUUCUGAACAACAGACAUGUCCCAGGUGUCCUUGGAACACUCAAUUCUCCACUAGGCCAAUCUCAUUGGCUAUCUCCUAGAGACUCCCUUGCUCUCUAUCCAGCUGCAGGAUAUUUGCAUUUCUCUUCUGUGCUUUUCCAUGUUUAAGGAGAUCUAGAUGCAUUUAUUUGAUGCUCUCGAGGCCGCUGGUGGGUUUCAUAUCUCUGUUUGGAACAUUUCACCUCUUCUCCCUAUCCCAAACAAAGCAUGUGCUUAUUUGACAGUUCUACCAGGAAGCAAGGAGGCUACAAUCCUACUUAAUAGCUGUGGAUCCCACACAAGACUGGGUGAACUACCAGCUGCUUCUCCGCCAAGAGCAUUUAACUGAUUUCAGAGAUGAGGAAGGAGAAAUCCUCAGCCAUGCACUUUGCUGUGCCUCUGGAUGUCUGGCAACUUUGCAGCAUCUCUUAGCCAAAGAAAGACACCAUCUCCUCUCAGAGAAAAGCCAGUUGUUUCUGGCCAGGCCACUGUACAGAAGGUUCCCACAGUGUUGGCACUCUUUAGGAGAUGGGCCUGGGUGAGCAGACACCUGGGGAAGAGAAGACUGUUCCACGUGUUGUGUUAUUCUGCUUCCAGCCACUUCACACCUUAAAGGGAGGCCUACAGGUUCAGCAACAAGGCCCAUGGAAAGGGGGAGUUCCUGUCUGCCCCAGCAAGCGAGCCACUACUGCAGCUGAACAGUGAGGGAUCACCAGGAGUCCAGUGUCCUUCUCUUCUGGAUACCACCAGGGCCACUGAACCCCAUCAUUUAUGCCCACACUGCACUUACCUUGGCACACAAUCUCAUCAGUCAGAGGUAGUCCCUGCCCAAAUCUAAGCCCAGAUCUCUCACCAUUCUGAUUUUUAAGGCAGGUUCAGACCCCCUCAAAGAUUUGGAUUCCUGUGACCCCGUAAAUGAGGCAGAUGUGAGGGGAGAAUAGGCGACAUGAAAGGGUAAACCCCCAGGAACCUGAACAUCAGUCCUGGGGCCAGCUCUUCUAUUAGCCGUGUGACCUUGGGCAAGAUUACCUUUAAAUUCUCUUGGCUUAAAAUUCUGUGAUUUAUUCAUUCUUAGGAAGAACAGAACAUUUCUUAUACUUGGAAUUUCUGCUUCAAAAAUUCUUUCUUUUAACUUCAAAAAUUCAAGAGCAAAAAUUCUUGUUUUGUUCCAAUUCAGACUGUUUAACAUCAGCACGUCAAGACUGACUUCUCAUCCUUGCUGGAAAACGAGUUUGGUAUUAAGGAUAAUUGAGUGGUACUGCAAUUGCUUUCCCUCCUAAUGUUUUGGUAAGAAUAUUAAAACCUGCAGAGGUGGAAAUUGGAGCUCAUAGGGAAAUGGAUAGAAAGUAAUUUGUUGUAGGCAGCCUUCAGACAAAUUGUUUUAAUAGGAAAGAGAGCUGCCGCUUCACAGGUCCUCAACCACCUUUCCUCAGCUUCCUCAGACAUGGCCUACUCUGCCUCUUCGCCCCAGAGAGACAAAUUGAUUGCAUUGCUGCUUAGCACCAGCUGGUCCCUGGUCUUGAACUCUGUCUUGCAACAGCAAAGGAAUUUU